AACCAAGGUUUUGCUCAUGGAUCGUACUAAGCAGACUGCUCGUAAGUCCACUGGAGGAAAGGCUCCUAGGAAGCAGCUAGCCACCAAGGCUGCCCGUAAGUCUGCUCCCACAACUGGAGGAAUGAAGAAGCCUCACCGUUACCGCCCUGGAACUGUUGCUCUUCGUGAGAUCCACAAGUACCAGAAGAGCACGGAGCUGCUCAUCAGGAAGCUUCCAUUCCAGAGGCUUGUUAGGGAGAUUGCCCAGGACUUCAAGGUGAUCAAUCAACUUGUGCACUACAUUGUGAUGCUCCUGUUGUGUCAACUCUUAUAGUAUGAUGAAUCAAGUAAACUAAAAGCACCAUCCUGUGUCUGCUUUUGCUGCUGUUUUUAGUGAUUGUUUGGAACCGCUAGCUCUAAUUUAACUUACUUCUCGUUCCCCUGUUUUUGCUGUCAGUAUUCCCGUGGCA